GAUGGCAGAUAUAGUAGAUCAGCCUGAGGUUAUGAAUCCUGAUCUUGGAGAGCCAAGUUCUGAAGCUUGUUUACCACCGAUAGGAGGGGUGGAGAGUGCAGAGCAGGUUCUUGGAGGAGCAGGGCCUGUACCGGAUUUGAUGAGUGAGGAAGCCAUUGUGCAUGUGGCUAAGGAAACGAAUAAUUUGGGUAACCAAAUGAAUACACUUGAGGAGAACAACUAUGUCACUACACAGAUGACAACUCAACCUCAGAAAGUUGUGAGAAGACCAAACUAUGUCAGGAAUAAUAAUUGCGGAGAUUGUAACUGUAAUUGAAAAUGAUCGGGCCAAGAUUGUGAUGCUGCUUGUCACUGAUGCUGACUUCUCUUCUGUUCAUGGGUGUUUAUUUUUAAGAUAUGAACAGAUUAAUAUAAUAAAAAAGCACUGA